GUUAAAUACGGUUGAGCUCUGGUGCAAGCAUCGUGAUUCAUCGAAGGCAGUUGACUGAUAGUUGUGCUCCCGAUAAAGUUACAAAGUAUUGCGUCCGUCUUACCUACACUCUCGAUAGCAUCUUCAGUAAACGGGUAACAGCUGCAUAAGCGUCUCUUCUUCCAGCUUGGUGACAGUUUAUCCGCGGUCAGCAUUAUGAAGCACAUUGUUGCAACUGUACUCGCUAUCGCAUGUGUUUUGUGUUUCGUGAAUCAACUAGAAUGUGCUAGGAUCCUUGGGGUCGUGCCUACACCUUCGUACAGUCAUCAAAUUCCAUAUCGACAACUGUGGCUCGAAUUGAACAAACGUGGACACGAGGUCGUCCUGAUAACCACGAAUCCCAUACCCAACUCGAAUCUGCCCAACUUCACUCAAAUCGAUGUUGGCCAGUCUUAUAAGUCCCUUAAACAAAUUGCCUACAUUCGCCAGCGAUUCGAAGGAAUAUCUUGGCUAAAUUUCUGUGAGACAAAUUUGUUGUUUUUAUGUGAUCAGUUUAUAGAACAUGUGUUCAAUCACACGGAGGUAAUGAAGAUGUACGCGCCUGGUAGCGAUACUAAAUUCGACGUGGUCAUCGCGGAGGUGCUUUACAUGCCCGCUGUGUGCUCCCUCGCUCAUGUGUUCAACGCGCCAUUGAUAGGGCUCACUUCGCUGGGAGUUAUUUCAUUUAACGAGUACGAACUCGGUGGCAUCGUCCUGCCUUCGCAUGAAUACACUUGGGAAAUGGAGACGAACACGGGAUCAAACCUGCCAUUUUGGAAGAGACUGACAAAUUACGUAACUCUGUGGCACCAUCUAUACCACAUCUAUAACUUCGCCGUUCCGAGACAACAGAAGAUAGCCGAAAAGUACUUCGGUGCAGAUUUCCCGCCAGUUGUCGACGUUAUGAAAAACAUGAGCCUCUUAUUUGUCAAUCAGGCUAAUAUUCUAACACCGGCUCGACCAAAGCUCGCAAACAUAAUCACGUUCACUUCGUCCCACAUCUCUCAAAAUCCAGCACCACUGUCAAAGGAUUUGAAGCGUUUCUUAGACGACGCUUCGGAAGGAUUCAUCUAUUUCAGUCUUGGUAGCAACGCGUUGAGUUCGCAUAUUCCGAAAGAUACUUUGCAGAUUUUCCUCGACGUGUUCGCCAAAUUGCCUUAUAGAAUCGUGUGGAAGUUCGAAGAGGAAUUGCCAGAAAAACCAGACAACGUCUUCAUCUCUCGAUGGUUCCCUCAGCAGAGCAUCCUCGCUCACCCGAACAUUAAGCUUUUCAUAUAUCAAGGAGGUCUGCAAAGCAGCGAAGAAGCUAUUCAUUUUACCGUACCUGUAUUAGGGUUAGCUGUGAUGGCGGAUCAGGACUACCAAGUGCGCAGAAUGGAAGAACGUGGUGUAGGAAUAUGUUUAGAAAUCCUUUCUCUGACGAGAGACGAGUUGGAAAGUAACAUUCGAGAGCUUAUAACUAAUAAAAAAUAUAAGGAUAACAUGGUUAAACUCAAUCACAUCGUCAAUGAUAACCCCUAUAAUAUGAUUGAUAACCUUGUUUGGUGGACAGAGUACGUGAUUCGUCACAAAGGUGCCCCGCAUCUUCGCUCCAACCUAGCCUGGCAACCCUGGUACCAACGUCUCGAUAUGGACAUUGUUGUAUUCUUGACGACCGUAACAUGUAUAGCAGGCUUCGCUGCGCUCAGUGUUACAAUCAAAGUCAUAUUGUAUUUCCGUAAACAAAUGUUAGAACACAAGAAACAGAAAAUUAGUUAAUCGGUUGCUAACAGAAUAUAGAACCGUAAAUACCUUGCGUGUCGUAAAUCAUACGUUUCUGAAAGUAUUGAAAUUGUAACGUGGUAUACACUUUUGUGAAGUAGGACAAGUUUCAUUUGUGUUAAUCAUUUUCAUUGCACAGGCACCAUACAUACAUACAUAGCAUACAUAAUAAGCGUCACAGUAUACAGUAGUUAAAAGUUUCAUUUAUGCCGAUCGUAGCGAAAUGGAUUUGAAGAUAUCAUUUUUCAUAUGAAUGAAAUUGAAUGUUCGCGAUACAUAGUGACAAAUGAGAUUAAUUACUAUAACGAGAAAAUAUUAUAAUAAUAAAAGUAUUACAAGAUCGAAGUGAAUUUAAUUGAUUAG